CUCACAAUCGGAUUCUCAAACCCAUUAAUUGAUUUUUCAUUCCCCUUCCCAUCACGUUUCCCCAAUAUUUUCAAUCUUUGCUCAUCACUCAAAUUCCCUUCUGAUUUGCUACCUCCGCCUUCCGAUAGCUCGGACACAGAGAUCAGAAUCGGGAAGAGGGAGUAAAAGAAAUAUGUGGCGACUUAAGAUUGGAGAUGGAGGGAAUGAGCCGUACAUAUACAGCACAAACAACUUCGUAGGGAGACAAACUUGGGAAUUCGAUCCGGACGCAGGUACUCCGAAGGAAAGAGAAGAAGUAGAAGAGGCUCGCCUUCAUUUCUACCAAAAUCGCUUUAAAGUCAAACCUAGUGCCGACGUCCUCUGGCGAAUGCAAUUCCUGAGGGAGAAAAAGUUCAAACAAGAAAUUGGUGCAGUGAAGAUAGAGGAGGGGGAGGAAAUAACAGAAGAGAAGACGAGAAGAGCAUUGAGAAGAGCAGUUCACUUCUACUCAGCGUUGCAGGCAAGUGAUGGACAUUGGCCAGCUGAAAAUGCAGGUGCCUUGUUCUUCCUUCCACCGCUGGUAAUGUGUUUGUACAUAACAGGACAUCUGGACCAAGUAUUCCCCAAAGAGCACAAGAAAGAAAUACUUAGAUACAUAUAUUGCCAUCAAAACGAGGAUGGUGGGUGGGGAUUGCAUAUAGAGGGUCACAGUACCAUGUUCUGCACCGCUCUCAGCUAUAUCUGUAUGCGUAUUCUUGGAGAACCCCCACAUGGUGGUCUUAACAAUGCUUGUGCUAGAGCCCGCAACUGGAUUUUUUAUCAUGGUGGUGUCACCUACAUACCCUCUUGGGGAAAGACAUGGCUCUCCAUAUUUGGUGUUUAUGACUGGGCUGGAAGCAACCCAAUGCCGCCGGAGUUUUGGAUACUCCCUUCAUUUCUGCCAAUGCACCCAGCAAAAAUGUGGUGCUAUUGUCGAAUGGUUUACAUGCCCAUGUCCUACUUGUAUGGGAAAAGGUUUGUUUGCCAAAUCACACCGCUCGUUCAAGAAUUGAGACGAGAACUUCACACCCAACCUUUUGAUAAGAUCAACUGGAAGAAAACUCGGCAUCUAUGUACAAAGGAGGAUCUAUACUACCCGCAUCCCUUAAUUCAAGACCUACUAUGGGAUAGUCUUUACAUUUUCACUGAGCCUCUUCUUACCCGUUGGCCAUUGAACAAGCUAGUUAGGGAGAAGGCUCUUCAAGUCACGAUGAAGCAUAUCCAUUACGAAGAUGACAACAGUCGAUACAUUACCAUUGGUUGUGUUGAGAAGGUAUUGUGUAUGCUAGCAUGUUGGGUGGAAGAUCCCAACGGGGUUGCCUUCAAGAAGCAUCUGGCGAGGAUCCCUGAUUACAUAUGGGUUGCUGAAGAUGGUAUGAAGAUGCAGAGCUUUGGUAGUCAAGAGUGGGAUACGGGUUUUGCCAUCCAAGCAUUGCUUGCGGCUGAUAUGGCUGACGAAAUUGGACCUACAUUAGCUAGAGGACAUGACUUCAUUAAAAAAUCUCAGGUGAAGGAUAACCCUUCCGGGGACUUCAACACCAUGCAUCGACAUAUUUCCAAAGGAUCUUGGACUUUCUCUGACCAAGAUCAUGGAUGGCAAGUUUCUGAUUGUACUGCAGAAGGUCUAAAGUGUUGCCUUCUCUUCUCAAUGAUGAAGCCAGAAAUUGUUGGCGAGAAGAUGGAAGCUCAGAGGUUAUGGGAUUCUGUGAAUGUCCUACUUUCUCUACAGAGUAAGAAUGGAGGUUUGGCAGCGUGGGAACCAGCAACCGGUCAAGAAUGGCUAGAAAUGUUGAAUCCGACGGAAUUCUUCGCAGACAUAGUGACUGAGCACGAGUAUGUAGAGUGCACAGCAUCGGCAAUCCAGGCUCUGGUAUUGUUCAAGAAACUUCACCCAGGGCAUAGGACAAAGGAGAUCGACAACUUCAUACAAAACGCUGUACGCUACCUUGAAGAUAUACAAAUGCCAGACGGUACUUGGUAUGGCAACUGGGGAGUUUGCUUUACGUAUGGUGCUUGGUUCGCGCUUGGCGCUCUUGUGGCUGCCGGAAAAACAUUCAACAACUCUGCACCAAUUCGCAAAGCCGUCCAUUUCCUUCUAAAAAUUCAGAUGUCUGAUGGUGGUUGGGGAGAGAGUUACCUCUGCUGCCCAAAUAAGAAAUAUGUACCCCUUGAAAGAAACAGCUCCAAUUUGGUUCACACAGCAUGGGCUAUGAUGGGCCUCAUUCAUUCAGGCCAGGCAGAAAGGGACCCUAAACCUCUACAUCGCGCGGCUAAGCUAUUAAUAAACUCACAGACUGAAGAAGGAGAUUUUCCUCAACAGGAAAUAACAGGGGUUUUCAUGAAGAAUUGUAUGUUACAUUAUGCAGCUUACAGAAAUAUAUACCCAAUAUGGGCUUUGGCUGAAUACAGCAAACGAAUCAAAUUUCUGUCUACUUCCUCUUAAUUUUAUAUGUCCAUGCUUAUAUUAUAUACUUCAUUAUCCACAAUGUUUAGUACAAUAACAAUCUCUCCUUUUUUUUCUUCUUCUUCUACAAAUAUCUUUUCCUGCACAUCCCUUAACUCAUUGCUAUAUUUUUUCUAUUAACAAUAUAUUUUUUUUAGUAUAGCGGUUGCAUGGAUCCUGAUCCAACCACGGGAGGAGUUCGUGCCAAUCACCAACUAAGCUAAUUAUGUAACACCCCGCACAUUUUUUUAGUAAUAAUGUAAUUUCAGUAAUUUUAUUAUUUGAAAUUUCAGUAAUUAUUAUUAGUUGGAAGACAUUUUUGGAAUUUUGGACUUAUAAUUGUGGGAAUUUAAUUGUUGGCGUGAAAUUAUUCAAUUUGAAAUUCAAAUUGAAACUUAAUGGCAG